AUGGCAACUCAAAAUCAAGAUAAGACUGUGGACAUACUUAACAAAACAAUAGCUGAUCUGACAACCACCUUCACAAGCCAGCUCAAUGACUUUCAACGGGAUCUUCAGGCUUCUAAGGCCGGCACUGGUACACCCUUGGACAAACUGACCCAUGAUUUUGAUGCUUUCCGUAACCUGGUCCUGUCAUCAUUGCAGUGUUUGCAGUCUCAAGUAAGGGCACUUAUGGUGUUUAAUGAACAUCAGGAAAUGCGCAGAAGGCGUAAGAUGUUACUUCUCCAUGGAGUGCCUGAAUCUAACAAUGAAGAUGUGCCGCAGGUAGUCUCAAAAAUAUUAACGGAAACACUACUAGUGCCUGAUGCUUCAAAAGAUGCACUUAAUCGAUGCCAUAGAAUGGGUAGCACAGCAAAGAAUAAUAAGCCAAGGCCCAUUGUCAUUAAAUUCAUUGAUGUAGCGCUCAGGGAUAGAGUGUGGUUUAAGAAAACAUCUCUUAAAGGAUCAGACAUAACAAUGUCUGAAUUUCUUAUCAAGUCACGUCGUGACCUAUUCUUGGCUGCCAGGGAGCAAUUCGGAAUUUCCAAAUGCUGGACUAGCGGUGGUUCUAUUAGGAUUAUCACUCCUGGUGGUUCGCGUGUACGGGUGGAAACAGAGGCUGAUCUCAAGGAUUUAAUAGAGUCUUCAAAGAAUCAAGCCGCUUCAUCAAGUAAAUAUGAAACGAGAUCUAAAAAACACCCGAAAAACAAAUAA